CAAAGGGUUUUCGCACCGACGUCAGAGAAGCCGAGCUGGUACCGAGAUAUGGUCCGUAGCCGUCCUGCUGCAUUACCAAGAACUUCACAUUUUUUCUUUGAACGACGUUCUGCUAACAGCCGGUUUAACGUUCCCUGUCGAUAGUCCCUCCGGGGUAAUGCUGCAGUGUGCUGGAAAAUGCGUGCAGCUCCUCAUAAAUGCUGCUCAUUAAAACAGUCCGAAGCUAACGUUUAUGCAGCGAACAUGUCUCCUCGCUAAGGAAAGCACUGGUGGUAUUCUGCUGAGUUCAGGUUUUCGGGAAGUGCUAGGUGUGGUUGGGGCGCUGAAGCCAUGGAGAAGCCAUCAUCUUCAGACAGAGCUGAGCUCGAGGAGAGAAAAGGCCUGGUGGAGGAUGGUGGCGAGCCUAGAGGUGCAGAGGGUGGAGAGGUGGAUACUCGGACUCCAAGAAAGAGCAGCUCCUCCCGCAAAAGCUUCCGCCUGGACUACCGACUGGAGGAAGAAGUGACAAAGUCGUGUCGGGACAAACAUGGCCGCUGGGCUAACCCCUGGCCAACGUGGUGCUUUCCUUCCUACUUAGUGCUGUUCAGGUUCCUGUUCUUAGAAAAAGAUAACAGCAAUGUACCUGCUAGUAAAGAGGCCCUGGAUCUUGAGCUCCCUGUGAUGGAGCCAUACUUUGUGCAGAACCCAAACCUCUCUGGCUCUGGUCCAGGACUGAGAGUCACAUGGCUGGGCCAUGCCACAGUUCUGGUUGAAAUCGAUGGGGUGAAUGUUCUGACAGACCCAAUCUUCAGUCAGAGGGCAUCGCCGAUCCAAUAUAUGGGACCCAAAAGAUUCAGAGGUCCUCCUUGCACUGUGGAGCAGCUUCCUAGGAUUGAUGCAGUGGUCAUCAGUCAUUCUCAUUACGAUCAUCUGGAUGCUGGAUCUGUAGCCAGUCUUAAUGCUCGCUUCGGAGGAGAGCUACGCUGGUUCGUGCCAAUGGGUUUGAUGGACUGGCUGGUGAAGAUGGGCUGUGAGAAUGUGAUGGAGCUGGACUGGUGGGAGGAGAACUGUGUCCCAGGUCAUGAUGAUGUCACGUUUGUUUGCACACCCUCGCAGCACUGGAGCAAACGCACAGCAUGGGAUGAUAACAAAUCUUUAUGGAGCAGCUGGACCGUUUUGGGUCCAGAUCAUCGUUUCUUCUUUGCUGGCGACACUGGCUACUGUUCUUCCUUUGCGGAAAUAGGACGACGCUUUGGACCAUUUGACCUUGCAGCAAUCCCUAUCGGAGCAUACCUGCCCAGAGACGUGAUGAAAGGACAGCAUGUAGAUCCAGAGGAGGCCGUUCAGAUUCACGAGGACCUUCAGGCCAGACAGUCGGUGGCCAUUCACUGGGGAACCUUUGCCCUCGCGUAUGAGUAUUACCUCGAUCCACCUCUUCGACUCAGAGAGGCUUUGGAACAGAAGGGACUGAAACCAGAUUGUUUCUUCACUUUGCAUCAUGGGGAGUCUCGCCUUAUAUCUGCACCGGACGAAGAAGUUUUCGACUGAUGUCCAGCGUUUUCGUGGCCCGUUUCUAUAGAUUUGUCUGUAACAAAGUGCAGUAAAUUCAUAAAUGCAGAAUCCCUGUUUUAAAAAAAAGUUGUAAUAAUUGCGCAUAUAUAUAUAUAUAUAUAUAUAUAUAUAUAUAUAUAUAUAUAUAUAUAUAUAUAUAUAUGCGCAGCCUGUAUCAACUAGAAAUCAAAACUAGGCCACAAUAUUGAAUGUUUGCACUGCCAUCACAUGGUCAUUGGUAGGCAGUACUACCUACAGGAGCUGUGACUCCACUAGAAAAUUAAGUUCUUUUAGUUUGGAGGGGAGUGCAUUUUUAAAAGCAAAGAUCAGUUCUUCUCAUAGUUCAUAAAUAAGCAAAAGGUAUAAGAUUUACUUGAUUCUGGAAUCUGUACUUGAUUCUGUCUAGUAGUCAGUGUGGCAAAUGAAACAUGGUAAAAGUAUAUCAAACAAAUUUAGACAACUAGAUUUUUAAAAUUUGAAAUGUAUUAAAAACACCAACUUUUUGUAUUGCCAAACAAGUAAUCUUAUUUUGUGCAGCUCAGUAUUUGUGAAAUGCUAACUUGCAUUCUAGUGUGCAUUAUUUUGAUUGAAAUUUCGUGGUGUGCACACUGCUUUACACCCAACGAGAGAAAAAUUCUCUGCGGGUACAAUUUUACAGAUCAGAAGAUCUGGUUAAAAUUCAGCUGCUGUGCUUAUAUCUUAAGUAAAGUUUUCUUUCAGGAUCUUAGAAGCUGUAAUAUGAAAGAAAUACUAGAGGAUAGAGGAUUUUGUGGUGUAAUAAUAUUUCAACAUUGGUGUUAAGUCAUGCAACACUACAAAGACUUUUUUCUGAAUGUGCUAUGAGAACCCAAAAUUGAGAGACGCAAAAAUAGUUUAUCUAUUUUCACAGUCUGAAACUGUCAGCGACCGAGUGCCGAUAGCAAACGCAGAGCAGUGCUGUCUAGAUGUAGAAGUUGAGCUGGGUUCAGCUUCGUGCCUUGCAAAUAUUAUGCACUGCUGCAGGUUUAGACAUUUGGCUUUGAUGCUGUGAAACCACAGUUUCUUUCUUUGCUUAUCAGUGUGAUCAUUUCCAUUUUUACCUUUCAGUUUUUAGCCGGAUGGGUUUGCGUCAAAGAGCAACAGUAGAUUAGUGUUUUUGAACACAGUUGAAGCAAAAUUCGGCUUUUAAUGCCUGAAUGUAUGAACACAUAACAGCACAAUGUUGAGCUCAUGUACUGCAGUAACAGGUUUAUAAAGGUAAAAAGAAAAAUGUUGUUUACAUGUCACAGUGUCACUGAUUUACAGAAUAAAUAUUACUUUGCAUUUAAAA